UUUUGUGCACAGCCAAUCCCACUCCGACGUCUGUUUAGCGGGAGAAAGUGAAGGUAACCAAGAGCUAGAAAGAAGGAGGAAUCGAAAAAAACAACGUUUUAAAACAUAAAGUAAGUGACGGUUUGAGCCUUGGACUGAGUUCAUUACACCCUCACUAUCUUCGGGUACGUACGGAAACUUUUUACACGUUAUUUAAGAGGAACAUCACAAUGUCUUCCGGUUUAGAGAUUGUUGAACGCUGUUGUAGCUCGAGCAUCAUCUGUUGAUAACUUCUCACAGCGUCCUGGACUAAAAAGCCUUUUGGGUCUCUUGUUCUUGUCUUUACAGGGACAGACUGAUUACUAUACUUUAUAAAACUAGUUUGUUAAACGUUCUUGAUUAGUAACCAGAAUCAAUUAAGUUGCUGAGAUUAGGUAAAGUGAUAUUAAUCAGGUUAACUGUGGGUCAUGCGCAGGUUAAGAUGCAAACAGAGCUGACAUGCGUUUCUCUCAACGGUGCUUAACCCUAAAACACUAUUUUAAAUCAGUAACACCAUCACUAUCACCGGGUGAUUUCUACCUGAAAUAAUAUAAAAGAUGUAAAUGAGCCUUAUAUGUAUAUGAGUGUAUGCUGGUUUUGGUUUGUGUAAGAGUAAUGGUGGCCUAUUUUGUUCUGAAACAGUACCAUAAAGAUAUUUUCUCAUGAAAUUCUCAUUUAGCAAGAGACUCUAUGAUUUUAUUUACAUGAUGUGAUCAUUUGAGUUGCCAAUGUUGUCAUAAAGUGAUAUUGUAAUUGUUUUCUGUUUGAAGAAAUAACUUUGGGUUGCCAGUCGAAGAAUGCGUCGCUCAGGAGCUCCAAGCCAACUCCAUGGCAGUGCGAUGAAAAAGCCUCGUUUUGUGGCCCCUGGACCAUCUUCUGCACGUCCAUUGACUGAAUCCAAGCCCCUGACACCUAAACUCGGCUUAGGCAAUGCACUAGAAAAGGUUAAUAAUUCCCAACACCUACAACUGACCACCACGCAUGUCUUUUGAUUUCUGUCAUCCUUAUUUUCUAUUCCAAACAUUCACAGAUUAUAACGUUUUUUUCACCCUGUCAACCUGCAGGUCCAGAGAAGUCUAACAGCACCAGUUCAGAGUAAAACAGAGCAUGAUUUCCAGCCCAGAGCUGCUCAGCCCGCUCCAGCCUUGUCCAGGGCUCUGGCUCGUGUACUUAGUGCAACAGAGCACAAAGAGAAUGACACCGGGACAGAACAUCCUGAUGUUGGCUCUGAAGAGGUUAAAGUUGACAACAGUCCAGCAGGUAACAACAAAACACAUUUGUCACAAGGACAGGAACUGCUAAAAGUAAUACUAGGGUGUGAGUGCUGGAUACACAAUCUUAGUUAUUUUAUUUAGUUAUGUUUCAAACCAGCCCAAGUCUUUUUUUCAGGAAAACAUCUGCCUGAUAAGAAAAAAAUGCAAAAUAACCAAUGUUGGGUCGUAAACUUAAUACCACUCUUAUAUUCUUUAUUGUCCAGCAGCUGGUGGUAAGUUGAGUAUUGUGAUACGGAUAAAUCUAUGUUCUUAAUUUUUCUCCAAAAAAGUAAUAGAAAUGUUUAUUUUCUCAAUGUAUUGUUUACCUUUCAUAAAGACUGCUGAGUGUGAUAAUGCCCACCAAACAAGACUAAACUGCAAAAAGGGAAUAAUUAAAUUAAAUAUAAAACCUUUUUUCUAAUUACACUUUCUUUUUUGGAUUUUAAUGUUUAGUUUAUUGUAAAAAUAUGCAUAUUUCUUUCUAUCUUAUACACCUCUUCUUUUUAUAGUACUUAUAUGCCAACUUAUUAUAAUCAAAAGUGUAAUACUUUUGACUCUGACUCCCUCUUUUUGAUGCCUACGUGAAAAAUAUCUUACAAGGUGUAAAGGAACCUUGAAAAAUAAGAAAAUAGAUAAUUCAAUUUAUAAUUAACGUGAAUAAUCUGUUCUACAUGAACUUAUGUGCAGUAACUCGGUAUCUUCUUUACCAUCUUCACUAAAAAAUGAACAUGCAGCAGAAAAACGACUGAAAAAUGUUGCUCAAGUGUUUGUUCCCAACUAUUAGUCAGACGGUUUCACUUCCUGAACGUGAUCUUUGUGUUUUUAUAUUUUUAAUCUAUAGCGGUUCGUUUUUCACUCCGCUGCCUUGAACUCGGCGAUAUAUCGAUUUAAAAAAUAUAUAUUGAUAUAUUUUUAAAUGAGAUAUGGAAUUGGACCAUAUUGCAUAUAUUGAUAUAGAGAUAUCAGAUGAUGUUGUCGACAGGCUGGUGUUUAUUGCACAAAAUCUUUAAACAAAGGACACACUUGUCUGUCCUCUAAUGUCUACCUUAAGACAGCACUAACUGUUUAUCAAAGUAAAAAAGGAAAGAGGGGGAAAUGUUUACUGAGUUCAUAGUCUGUUCAUAGUCUUGUGCAACUCGUUGAGACUGUUAAGGAGAUAAGAAAGACAGAUAGGUAAUCUCAAAAUGAUGUUUAAAAACAAUUUUCUUAAACUGAGCACUUUUUUUUGUUCUGUCUUUAUACAUGUAAAUGCUGCCCUUACUGGGGUUUGUCAUAUUAAAUUCUUUAGUUGUGUUUGCUGUUUGCAUCUGUGGAUUUGUUAGAGAGAAGAAAAUCUGAACUUUUCAAAUGGCAGAACAUUUUCGAAUUUUAUUUCUGAAAAUAUCGUCGAAAAGCUGCGAGUUUUGGCCGAUUACCGAUUAGUCUCAAACGGGCUAAAACUGGGUCUUAAUAUUUAGCUUUGACUGUGACUAAACCUUUGCUCUCACUUUGUGAUAACAAUAUCAGGAUGUAUAUCAUAUAUUGAUUUUCAGCCUAAAUAUAUCGGGAUAUAACUCUUGGUCCAUAUCGCCCAGCCCUACCUCUGCCUAUUUGAGAUGUAGGAUGUAUUUUUCUAUACUCAGUCGCAACACAACUUUGGAUAACUGCGAUCCAGUCCAGCUUUCUAAAUGUUAAUUCUUUCAUUUUGUGACAAAGCUUGCAUGUAUUACAUUACCAGUGCGUCUACAUUAAAUAUCCUUUAUUUCACAUCAUGAAGAAACCGUGACACGAAGGGUGCUGCGGGGCUGAAUCUCUCUCUCAUUUCUCCCAGCAUGCCUGUCUCUCUGAUGCUGUUAAUAACAAAGGCACGUUGAUGAUGGCUGCUGCUAAACCAGACAUGCUGAGGCUGGCUGACGGCAGAUCCAGCAUUAUGUAAAUUAGCGGGGUAGUGCAGCUGCAGCAGCGGGCAGAUUAAGACUGUGCUCGGGUUCAGUGAGCUACCGCUCCCUCCCUCCUCCCGCCGGAGCAACUAGUGCCUGUUUUUCUCAAUAAAAGCACGCGGCGGACACACCCACUGCCUCUGUCUCAGCAUGGUUUCCCCACGCGCCCUGAGCACGUGUAUUAUUGAGCUGUUCUCCCUGAUACAGAGCAGAGGUUAACUCUAGGCAUUUAAAGCAGGUUAGGAAAAUAAAAGCGACGCAUCUGCGGGCAUGCGCGGCGCGCUGACUAACCCCUCCCCCACGCAUUUAGUUAAGCCAGCGCUAUUUCAGGGCAACUUAAAAAGAAACAAACCCAGAUCCCUUAUAACCGGUAUAAACACAGUUUCAGCCUGUCUCCCCAGUUUCCCACUGUUGUCGUCUUGGUGCUCUAGUGUGAAAACAGAGUGUCUGUGCUGUUCUCUGUGCUGUGCUCGGUUUGGGGUUUAGAGAGACCGAGCUGUAAGUAGGUCGGGCUGGGCUUAAGCGGCUUAGCUACGUCAGCCUAAGCUGGGAGGAAUUCAUCCAAAGCCCUCCGCGGUAGGCGGGGGCCUAAACGAGGCUGGCCUAGUUAAGCCUGAUUCUUAUUGUGUGCAGCGCAGCCUGUUUUUGUUGUGCAACGUAGCUGAGAGGGACCCAAGGAGGAGUGUAUGAAUCCUUGCACAUGUUAGGCAUAGCUUAUGUUUGGUUCAGAGAGGAAGGAAGGGGAAAAGAGAAAUGUGUGGGAGUUUUAACUUAUCAACGUGGAUAAAGAGAAGCCAGAAGCAGGGACAAAACAGGCAGGUCUGGGCUGGACAGGUAGGAAGAGUGAGGAGGCAAGGUUUGAAGUGUAGGUGCUGACAGGUGACACCCAUAGGCCUGACUUGGUCUGUGUGAGCCCGCUAUGCAGUAAGAUGGCAUCCAGCUCUGUGUUUCUGUCCAGUAUGGUGGGCAAAGCUCGCUCCUCCAACUUCACCCUCUCGGAGAAGCUGGACCUGUUGAAGCUAGUCCGCCCUCAUAUCCGCAUUUUGGAGGAGCACACCAACAAGCACGCAGUCAUCGUGGACAAGAACAAGUGCUGGGAUACUGUGGCCGAGCAGUACAAUGCCCUGGGAGGAGAUAGACCCCAUCGCACUGCUCAGGGACUCAGGACCCUCUACAAGAGGCUGAAGGAGUCUGCAAAGCAGGAAGUGAUGCAGCGGAGACACGCCCAGCCUGAGUACAGAGCCAGCAUCUCAGAGCCAACCAGGAGAAUUAUGGAGAUGAUCCCUCACCUGUUUCACCAUGUGCCAAUCCACGAGAAGGACCAGGCUCUGCGCAGGUACAGUAUUAACAAACACAGGCACAAAGUUAAAUGCAGCGCUGAGGGAUAACUUGGCAGGAAGCAGAGAGUUUAGAGAGUACAGAUGUACAUGAUUAGCUCCGAUAGAGUUUAAUUCAUGAUACUGAUUGAACUAUUUUAGGAGGAGGAAUAGGAGGGGCUGUGGACGCCGAGUCGUAAAACCAAUCAGAUUACACACACAGCCUGCACAUGGUGAGGCUGGACAGAAAAACACAGUAUGUCCUGCCAAAAUACACAGUUUUACGCACUUCAAAAUACCCAAACUUUGUAAGAAUUGCAGGAGACAAAAUACGUUAACAUAUUCCAGAUCUAUUACCAGUUUAAUCUUAAAGAUAUGUUUUGAAUUCACUCACUAUGAGAGCCAGAAAAAACAACCUUUUAUUCAUUACAAUGACAACUAUCAAGGAAUAUUGUUGCCUUUGUUGGAUUGCAACUAUCAUAGGUUUGUUAAGUGCUUAUUAUCACCUGAUCAGGAUGCUUAUAAAUAACACUCAAUACACACAACAGACACUGUCUCAAUAGUUUUUAUUCCUUUUUUCUGCUUAGAUUAAUAUACAACAAGCACAGCUCUCCAAUCGAGCAUCCUGGCAGCAGCUCCUCUCUGGCUGGACUCCAGGAUUACUCAGCAGCUGUCCCAAGUAUCCCCCAUGAAGUGGUCCAGCUGGACCCUGAAGAGGAUGUUAAACCACCACCAGACCUCCCCCUGCUCUCUGCGCACACAGGGCCAGGGCUGGACGGAGGCCAGGAGAGGGAGGAAGAGCAGGACUUGGGCAGUGUCCAUGAUUAUGAAGCAUCUCUCUCUCCCACCCCGUCUUCUGUCAACAUCCCUCUCUCCACCUCACCGCUGCCCUUACGCCAUGACCUGUACCCAAAUGACAUCUACCCCCAUCAUGAGCCGGACAGGUUUCGUCCUCUGCAACUGGCCAAAGAGGAGCAUGAGCUGGUGAUAGCCAAUCACAGAAAGGUUGCCAUGUACUUAGAGGAAAAGAGAGAAGGGCUGAAGAGGAAACAGGAACUGGAAGAAGAACUUCUGAGAGCCAAGAUCAGAGUAGAGAAACUAAAGGCUGCACGACUGAGACACGGGCUGCCAGUGCCACUAUAACAAGCAUCAACACUCAUGUCCUUGGCCACUGACAGAGUGUUAUAGGAAAUACAAGAGCAGAGAUCAGUUUAAUGUUUGAGAGCUGUAUCAGAACUUUGAUUUCUUUUGGAAACAGUGCCUCGUACAGACACUUCCCGCCUGUUUGCGUUUCGCAGGAAAAGACUAGUUCGUUUAACCACCAGUCUGCGUUCAUAUUUGUCAGUUAGAGAAAUCCCUCCAUCCUCUGUGUGUGAAUUCACAAGUAGCAACAAAACAUGUAAAUGUCUGUGGUAGGAACACUGACAGGCCCCAACAGGCCAAAUCAAUGUGGAAGUCAAGUUUCUUGAAGGGAAUUGUAAUAGUAAUGGAUGUUUCAUACAGUGAUGGUACUCUUCCUGCCCCUGUCAAGUAUCUAUGGGAACUUUAGUGUGUUUUUUAUAAUCUGUAUUGUCAAGGUUCAAAACAGACUGUGACGGCAUUUACUGUAUGAUGUACUGAGGAAUACGAGUGUGAGAGUCCGCUCAGAUUCUGGCACGUUGUUUGUGUUUCUUUUGCAAAGUCUAAAGAAAUCUUAAACCUGGUUAAAAACACACGUACAACACUUUCAGUUGAAUAAACUAGGGAUCGGUAACAAACAAAUCAAGACAAACUUUUCUUGAAGCGUGAAAUGUUCAGUUUCCCAUGAUGAGAGUUAAAGUUUAACUGUUAAAAAGCCUUAAAUAUGUGUUUUUUUUAUCGAGUUAUCAAACUCGCACUGAAGUCAAAGGUUAAAAUUCUCUCACUAAAUGAAUGCCAAGUAAGGAAAAGAAGGGAGAUUGGUUGUGUAAUCGGUUUUGUGACAUUAAUGUUAUUUAAUGUAUGUGACUACAAUGUUGAUUGUAUUGUAAUGUUGAUACACAAGUGUUUGUCCUCAUGUUCUUUUAUUUCUAUAAAAUAAAUCAAGAUCAACAAAUGGUGAUGGUUUAUUCCUCGAUCCUCGGCUCUCAGUAUCUCGUUUCUUGUGUGGGUUGUCGUGUGAUAGAGUCGCAUUUUCAUCUGUAUGAUGGGUUGGGACUUGGUGCAACAGUGACCUCUGCUGGCGAGUUUGUCCAAGGUGUAUAUGUGUGCCUUUGAUUUUUCACAGUGUGUAUUUUUCUGUAUAACAGAAGUGGACGAUUUCCGUCAGUUGACCCCCAAACCUCCGGAGCCUCCUGUACGGUCAGCCUGUGUUUCUGAAGCUGUAGACUCUGCCUCUGGUGGCAGCCAGGAAGGAGCACGCUACUUCAGUGUGAUGUGGUGUAAAGCCAGUAAAAAAAAACACAAACGCUGGGAGGGUGAUGCUGUCCUGAUCACAAGAGGACGCACAGCCACACUGAAAGAUAUGGAAGGGAAAGAUAUUGGCAAAGGUGAGUCAAAGAUAAGAGUUCUUUUCCUGUCAAUUUUUUCUUGUUUGUUCAUGAGUGUAGAGGGAAUUUCUCUGCAUGAUUGUUUUAUUUGCAGGAAGUGGCUACAAGGUGUCCAUGCUGGCCUCUCUGUCUGAGGGAGAGACUCUGAUGAUUGGAGGGAAGGAGGUGGAGAUAAUGGGGGUCAUUUCUGCGGAGGAUUUCGCCAGGGGACGUUGUUUUCAAGAUGUCCAGGUAGAGAAAGAUGAGCCACACACAAAGUCUGGUCCUCCAUCCUCACGCAGCUUGGGGUCCAAACCUUUCUGCCCCCCAUCACUGUUGGGGAAAGCAGGUUGUCCAGGAUCCAAAACAGAGGAGAAACAGACUUGCAGGCCUCGCCAUGACCCACUGGCCCCAGGUACAGUAUGUGAUUUGAGCAGAAACUUUUGGCAACACAAUGGACAAGGGAAAGCCAUCAAACGCUUUGCUUACGAUUGUUUUUUAGGUGAUUUGGUUAAAUUGUCUUAAUUUCUUUAUAUAGAAAUGACUCUAUUGUCAGGAAGGGUCUUACAUGAUUUUAUUCUUGACUGCUUUAACAUGCUGCUUAAAAUUAAGAUUAGAGUCAAAGUUUAUCCCGAGGUACUUAAAAUGUUCGACCACAUGGAGUCUCUCUCCAUUCACAGUGACUGAUGGUUGCUGUCCCUCUGUUGGCUGUCAGGAGAAGUACAUACAGACAGUUUGUUUUAUUUUGUAUUCAAGUGUAGACAAAGGUUUUGGAGCCAGUGGGACACUGACACCACGGCUCCUGAGAGCAUUGCAUCAGAUCCUUGUAUUGAGUUGGCAUGGCAGUAUAAUACAGUGUCAUCAGCAUAUAAAUGUGUUUUUAUAUAUGGGGGUACAUAGUCAUCAGCUCUGCUCUUUUCUCAGGUGCCCUGGUAAUGCCUCGUCCAUCCCCAAACCAUCAGUGGUCCAAUAACAAAUCAGGGCUUCCUGUGGUUGAUGUUGUUGUCGAUCCACAUCUGACUCAUCAUCUUCGACCCCAUCAGAGAGAUGGCCUGCUCUUUUUGUACGAGUGUGUCAUGGGCAUGAGGUGAUGAAGCUGCUGUUUUUUAUUUAUUUAUUAUUUUUUCAAUAGGUUCUUAUUUCUAUUGAUUCCCUUUAUUUUGUGCUCUUCAGAGCUGUGGGGCGUUACGGGGCUAUGUUGGCAGAUGAGAUGGGUUUGGGAAAAACCCUUCAGAGUGUUGCACUGUCUUGGACGUUGCUUAAACAAGGCCCGUACGGGGGGAAAGCGGUCGCUAAGCGAGUUCUUGUCGUCACUCCUGGCAGCCUUGUGCAAAACUGGGGUGCAGAGUUUCACAAGUGGCUAGGCCGUGAGAGGAUCAGUGUUUUCACUGUGGAUCAGGUGAGGAGAGAAUUACAGUUUUUUUUUUCUUUUAAUUUUUAAUUAAUGUUAAGCAGUCUGCUGGUAGAAUGAACAGAAAAAAAUAUAUCAGAGGUUUCAGUUUUAAUGUGCCAUAGAGCAUGUCAAAUUCACUUGUAAAUCAUCGAAAGCCCAGAGCUUCUCACAAUUUUGGCAGUAAAUGGGUAAGCAACAUGUAAUAAAUGAGAAUCAAAGAGAUUCAUUGAAAUAGAUAAACAAUAUUGAGGGUUAAAUGCAGAAAAUCCCCCCCUCUAAAUUUAGAAAAGCAGUCACAGAUAUAAUUUUUCAAUUUUCUAAGUUUUCUCUUUAUUUUUUUUACCGCUACUGCCUUAUGAUGAACUCCUGUACCUCUAUCUACCUCAUGUAAAGCCAUUCACAUGUAUUCUUUUCAAUGAUGUGUGCAGGAUCACAGGAUAGAGCAGUUUGUGUUAUCCCCUCUGCACAGUGUUCUUGUGAUCAGCUAUGAAAUGUUACUUCGCUGCCUGGAGCAGGUAUGUUCAUAUUAAAGCACUUCUCUUUUUUGUAGUUGAAGUUAUUAAACAACUCCUAUCUCCAUUUGGAUGAAUUAAAUAACUAUUUACAUAUUUUAAACUUUUGCUUUUAGGUUCAGAAAGUUGAAUUUGGCCUUGUAAUUUGUGAUGAGGGACACAGAUUGAAGAACAGCAGCAUCAAAACGUCUUCAGCGCUCAGUAGCCUGAGCUGUAGUCGCAGAGUCAUACUAACAGGUAUGUGCAUCGUCACCUAUAUGAUGAAGGGAGGAGAUUUGAAAACAUCUAUUAAGUCUAUGUCUGAGAGGUACAACUGCUCAUAAAGACUUUAAAAGAAAAACAAUCUUUGUUUUUGUGGAGGCACCCCCGUACAGAACGAUCUGCAGGAGUUUUACGCCAUCAUAGAGUUCGUCAACCCGGGGAUUCUUGGCUCCUCGACUGGCUAUAGGAAAGUGUAUGAGGAGCCCAUUCUACGCUCUAGACAGCCCUCCUGCACAGAGGUAUCACUGUCUCUGCUCCUCUUGCCUUUCAUCGUUGUCAUCAAAUUCUUUUUUAAAGAUCUGGUGCUGAGUUCGAUCUUGUAUUCACCGACAGGAGGAGAGAGUUUUAGGAGAAGAGCGAGCAGCAGAGCUCUCUCGCCUCACUGGCAUGUUCAUCCUGAGACGGACACAGGAGAUCAUCAACCGCUACCUGCCUCCUCGUCUAGACUGGACGUUGUUCUGUGAACCCUCCCCUUUGCAGCUAGAUUUGUAUGAACAUCUUCUCUGCCACAGAGUCUUCAGAGCCUGCCUACAGGGCACCGUGCAAACUCACACACACUUGGCCUGCAUCACUGCUCUGAAGAAGCUCUGUAACCACCCGUGUCUGCUCUACUCUACUGUGAAGGUAACGUUUGUACGAACCCACAGGGCUAUGCCACCUGCAUCCUCCCUCAGGGCAGUUCUCUUUUAAUAUUUAUAAUCAGAGUUCCUUACGUUUAGGUUUUAUAAGUCAGUAGUGAAAUAAUGUAAGUGUUUGGAGAUGUGGCUAAGUGUUCUGUCAUAUUUUUUCAGGAAAGAUCAGAUGGCAGUUCGUUGGAGAGCUCUCUCUAUGAAGGCUUGGCGGAGAUCUUCCCAGAAUCCUACUCUUCAGGAGGAUUGAAUUCUGCAGACUCUGGAAAGCUCCUGGUUCUGUCCGACCUGCUGACUGCCAUCAGACAGCUCAGCCCUUCAGACAGGUGAAUGUUAGGCGUGUGUUUGCAUUUGUGUGCAUGUUUUUGAUUCAGUGCUGACAAUGUGUGUGUUCUCCUUCAGGGUCGUCGUUGUGUCCAACUAUACAAAGACACUUGACUUGCUCCAGGACUUAUGUAAACGCAUGAACUACACAUUCUGCAGACUUGAUGGACAAACGCCGACAAGCCAAAGACAGCGGCUGGUUGAUAAUUUUAAUAGCCCUUACUCUGACAACUUCUUGUUUCUGCUGAGCUCCAAAGCUGGCGGAGUAGGGCUCAAUCUGAUUGGUGCAUCCCAUCUUGUGUUGUACGAUAUUGACUGGAACCCCGCCAACGACAUUCAGGUAAGACAUGCUUACUGAGUCCAGAGUCCAGAGCACUUUUCUUUUACACCUUUGUAAACCUGUCUGUCAAAUUCAAACGAACAGUGGUGUGUUUACUCGUGUCAGGCAAAGCUGUGAAUUCAACUCCAGAUGGUCUGAAACACACACACAGAGACACAGACUGAAUAUUACAGAUCUGGGUUUUGGUCCACUUCUGGAUGGUGCAGUUGGUUUAUGAGCUGAACGCAAAUGAUUCUCAGGAGUUUGAUCAUGGCUGAUAUUUGAUACAAGCAGGAAUUCUCAGGUUAUGAAAACAAAAAUGUCCAGUAUUAUAUCGUAUCCUUUGACAACAAACAUUACAAAUUUAAACCUCACCUUGUUGGAAAAUGGAUAAUGAGUCCUUGAGUUGAAGUUACUUGUCUUUCAUUUAUCUGCACAUACUUCAUUGAACCUCAGGUAUCAAAGUACAUUAUUACAUCAGACUUAUUACAUGUUUGUCCACCAGAUGGUGCCAUGUACAUUUUUGUCUGUCCGUCCUAUAUUGUGUCCUUUUUGUGUCCAGGCCAUGGCUCGAGUGUGGAGAGAUGGACAGAAGAAAACUGUUCACAUCUAUCGUCUCCUCACUGCAGGUAAGAUUUCAAACUCACCGCAGAGAUGGAUGAAAGUGAUGGGAGAGCAAGUUGGAGGGAUAAUAUGUAAAAUGCAAUUUUCAAAAAGUCUGACAAUGUUUUUAUUCUUAAGUUAUUUUUAAAUACUUUUCAUUUUCAAGGUUUUAGACAGUUUAAAAAAAAAGUAAAAUUGGGGGAAAAAGUUAAGAUUAAAUCGGGAAAAAUGUUUAAUAUCCAUAAACACUUUUAAAUAAAGGAAAGAUAUGAAAGAUGACUCUGAUUAGGCCUUUACAUGUAAUCUAGGAUCGAGUGAUAACCAGUAUUACUGAUUCCUCUUAACACUUUGAACAUAAAAGGUCAAUAUAUCCUGAUAGGAUUUGGAACUGGGCCAUUUAAUGCAUUAAAAGCUGUCAAUAAAAUGUCAAAAUCAAUAUGAAAUGACACAGACAGCCUUUCUAUAUAGCCUAUCAAUGGAGUCAUGUCCAUCCAGGCUGUGGUGCAUUGUUUUUCAAAACUAGUCUGAUGCUUGAUGUCUUUGUUUGAUUUUUUUUUCUACAGGAACAAUUGAAGAGCGAAUAUUCCAGAGACAGGUGUCCAAACAGGGCCUCUCUGGGACAGUGGUUGACUCAGGCAAAGGCGCAGAGCACACUAGCUUCUCCACCAGUGAGCUUCGAGAUCUUUUCAGCCUGUCAGACACAGCCUCUCUGACACACGACCUGUUGAACUGCAGCUGCAGCAUGGACGGUUCGCUCCAGGGUAGGCUCACAGCACACUGAUACUCGUGUUAUCGACCUCAUUGAGGCAUUAAUUCCUUUUUUACCUUCACUCUCAGCUGUUUUAGAGGAGAGCAGGGAGCAGGUUUCUGAGAGACCUUGCCAGCUUGGUCGCCAAGGAGACCGUGGUGGAGCGGUGCAGAAGCCCCUCAGCAUGUCAGAGCUGAUGCAGUGGAGACAUUUCUCUGGUGACACAGACACCUUCUCAGAUCCUUACCUCGACCACGCACGCACCCACAUCACAUUCGCCUUCCAGACCACCAUCUCUCACACAGAGCAGUGACAAACACCGGAUGACACCCUCGAUAUACAUGACUCACGUACGUAUGUGCGCUGUCUUCAAGCUCCCUGGGUUUUAUCCUGAAUACAUCGAUGACUAAAACACUCCUCAGUUGCUGCCAAAGACAUCAGGACAGUUCCCAUUUGUUUUAAGUGACGCUGUUUCUGAGAUUCUUAACCCUUUCCUCAGGAUUUCUUUAUUUAUUUGAAGAAAUUUACUGUAAGACUUCAUUAAAUAAACAAAAUUGGAACAAAUCUGGGUAAUAACGGGCUUUUAAUCAGUUUACUUCCUACAUGUUGGAGGUGUCUGUUACAUUUUAUAUCCAUGUACAAUAGAUAAAUGUGC